GGAGACGUAGGCGUGUGUUGCAUUCAUUCUUUGUUUAUUGAUUUGAGGCGCAGCAACUUCUCUCCGUUUUUCUCUGAACCCUUCUCUCUUCUCUCUCUCUCUCUCUUCGAUCUCCUCUCAGCCUUGCAGGACUCCUGCAUUCUGCGAUAGCAGAUUCCAAGGUGGAAGGUGUCACGUUGAACUCUUUCAUGUUUGAACGGGCCAUUACCCAUUUGGGAGCAAUUGAAUUGCUAGGAGAACGUUUUUCUUCUUCGAGAAAAAAGAAUAAGCCCUCAUUGUCAACAAGAUCAAGCUGUAUGCAUUGCGAGCUGCACAGGGAACAACAGGAAGUACGUUGUUGGCAGCUUUCUCUGAUUGCACAAAGAAGAUCCCUCUGAUAACAAGCCACUGGCCAUCAUACUUGGAAUUCCAACUUUUGCAACCUAAUUGUUUGUUUAUCCAUCUUUUCAACUUUUCAUCAUGGCCUUACAGAACAUUGGUGCUGCAAACAGUGAUGAUGCCUUCUAUAGGUAUAAGAUGCCCAAAAUGAUUACCAAAAUCGAGGGUAGAGGGAAUGGCAUCAAGACAAAUAUUGUCAAUAUGGUUGAUAUUGCCAAGGCAUUGGCAAGGCCAGCCUCUUACACAACCAAGUACUUUGGGUGUGAACUUGGAGCUCAGUCAAAGUUUGAUGAGAAAUCUGGUACUUCUCAUGUUAAUGGAGCGCACGACACUGCAAAACUUGCUGGCCUUCUUGAGAACUUCAUCAAGAAAUUUGUUCAAUGUUAUGGUUGUGGAAACCCCGAAACGGAGAUAUUGAUUACCAAGAGCCAAAUGAUCCAGCUGAAAUGUGCUGCCUGUGGUUUUGUGUCGGAUGUGGAUAUGAGGGACAAGCUGACUACGUUUAUUUUGAAGAACCCUCCGGAAACAAAGAAAGGAUCCAAAGACAAGAAGGCCAUGAGAAGAGCUGAGAAGGAGAGAUUGAAGGAAGGUGAGAUGGCUGAUGAGGAGCAGAAGAAAAUCAAAAAGGAGGUUAAGAAGAAAGGAUCAUCUACCGUGAAGGAUGGCUCUACAAAGCCAUCCACUAAGAAGAAAGCAAGUGCCUCCGACGAUGACCAUGUAUCUCCUACUCACAGUCAAGUGGAUGAGAAAGAAGAUGCUUCUCAGGAAGAUGAUGAUGAUGACAUCCAAUGGCAAACAGAUACAUCACUAGAGGCUGCUCGCCAACGCAUUCAAGAACAGCUAAGUGCUGUAACAGCUGAUAUGGUCAUGCUCUCCACAAAUGAGCCGGAGAAGAAUGGAAAAACAGCAACCAAGGCAAGCAGUGGUUCUCAAAAUGGUGACUCACCUAACUAUAGUACACUUGUUGAAGUGAAGGCAAUUCUGAAUAAAGGUGUUGGGGCAAAGGAUUUGCAGUCUCAUCUGGCAGCACUUCCUGCAUCUGCUCAAGACAAGACAAAUGCUCUAUUUGAGGCCUUAUUUGAGGGCAUCGAGAAAGGAUUUGGAAAGGAAGUGAUCAAGAAGAAGAGUUACCUUGCCGCUGCAGUCUCUAUGGAGGAAGGAUCACAGUUACUGUUGCUUGGUGCAAUUGAGGCUUUCUGUAUGAAGUCUACUUCCAGUGCUCUGAAGGAAGUUGCCCUUAUUUUGAAGGCUCUGUAUGAUGCUGAUGUACUGGAGGAAGAGAACGUAUUGCGGUGGUAUCAAGUUGGGACGAAGGGCGAUAACAAGGACUCUAAGAUAUGGAAGAAUGCCAAACCCUUCAUUGAUUGGCUUCAAAGUGCGGAAUCAGAGUCAGAGGAAGAAUGACAUGCUUUAAUUGCAUUGUGUUCCUGUUUCAUUGCUUAUGUCAUUGAUUUCAAAUAAAGGGUCUAGUUGCAGUGUGUUCUAUUGUGUCGUGGUAUAUGUGUGCUUGUCUUUGUGGAUUUGAUCAUUUAAAUAGUCAUUGUGAGCCAAUACUGGAUAUUCUCCUAUCAUAAUGUUAUUCUAUAUUUUGGUUGCUUAUCA